ACCCGCCUCAAAGGUGCCGUUCUUUCACUUAGAACAUCGCGAGAUCUUCAUUUAAGCGGACUGAUUGGUUGAAAGACGGAACUUGAGCGUUAUGCCUACUGUUCCCUCGGGUCCCUGAUUGGUCUUCUGGAAGAGAAGGCGGCCCACGUCCACGACUUAAUGGAUUCCCAUUGGUGGGCGGGGCGAGACUGGCGGCGCGCGGGAGUCGGCGCGGGCGUUCGAACCGUCGCUUGGUGUCGUUGCCACGGGGAUGCGGCCUGGCAGCAAACUCAAGCUCGGAGCUGACAGAACGCUUCGGUCUCCCGCCUUGGGGCUCUCUCCUGUCGGCGUUGUCUUCUCCUGUCCUCAGACAGGGUUGACGGAGGGAGAAUUUGAGAGUGUCCGAGAAUUUAUAGAAACCCAUUCCCAAAAAUGACAUCCUGGUUGUAUGAAUGUCUUUGUGAAGCUGAGUUAGCACAGUAUUAUCCUCAUUUUACUGCCCUUGGCCUUCACAAAAUAGAUGAAUUAGCCAAUGUUACAAUGAAAGACUACUCCAAAUUGGGAGUCCAUGACAUGAACGACCGAAAACGUCUCUUCCAACUCAUCAAAAUCAUAAAGAUUAUGCAGGAAGAAGAUAAAGCAGUCAGUAGCCCAGAGUAUCCUCUUCAGACAAGCAGCCUGUGCAUCAAGCCUCAGAAACCCAGAUCUGGCCCUCGCAGGCAACUGCAUUUUGAUUCUCCUGCCGACAACAAAGACAGAGCUACCAGCAACAAUGAAUUUGAACUGUGCGAUUUAUCAGAUUUUUCUGCAAGUGAACAGAAGUCUAGUUACCUAAAAGUAAUGGAACACAUACUACCAGAUGAUUCCCAGUACCAUACAAAAGCAAGAAUUCUGAAUGCCACAGCUGCUGAUUCCUAUGUACAAACAGAAACCAACACUUCACUCUUUUCAUCAAAUCACUUUUCUCCAAUACAGGGGGAUUGUGAUAUUCCCAUUAUUCAAAGAGUCUCUCGUGUUUCAGGGUAUAACUAUGGAAUCCCUCAUUCCUGUAUCAGACAGAACACCUCAGAGAAAGAGAAUCCUUGGACUGAGAUGGAGAAAAUCAGAGUUUGUGUUCGAAAACGCCCUCUGUGCAUGAGGGAGUUACGUCGUGGAGAAAUGAAUAUUAUUACUGUAGAAGACAGAGAAACUCUACUUGUUCAUGAGAAGAAAGAAGCAGUUGACCUCACACAAUAUAUUCUGCAGCAUGUUUUUUAUUUUGAUGAAGUCUUUGGUGAGGCAUGCACCAAUCGAGAUGUAUACAUGAAGACUACUCACCCACUCAUUCAGCAUAUUUUCAAUGGAGGCAAUGCCACUUGCUUUGCAUAUGGGCAGACAGGUGCAGGAAAGACUUACACCAUGAUAGGAACACAUCAGAACCCGGGACUGUAUGCUCUGGCUGCCAAAGACAUCUUCAGACAGCUAGAAGUGACCCAGCCAAGAAGGCACCUCUUUGUGUGGAUCAGCUUCUAUGAAAUCUACUGUGGACAGCUUUAUGACCUCCUAAAUAGAAGGAAAAGGCUCUUCGCAAGAGAAGACAGCAAGCACGUGGUACAGAUAGUGGGACUGCGAGAGCUUCAGGUGGACACUGUGCAGCUUCUCCUAGAGGUGAUCCUGAAGGGCAGCAAGGAGCGCAGUACCGGGGCCACUGGAGUUAAUGCAGACUCCUCCCGCUCCCAUGCUGUCAUCCAAAUUCAGAUCAAAGAUUCAGCCAAGAGGACAUUUGGCAGGAUCUCUUUUAUUGACUUGGCUGGCAGUGAAAGAGCAGCAGAUGCCAGAGACUCAGACAGACAGACAAAGAUGGAAGGUGCCGAAAUAAACCAGAGUCUUCUGGCUCUGAAGGAAUGUAUCCGAGCAUUGGAUCAGGAACACACCCACACUCCUUUCAGGCAAAGCAAAUUAACUCAGGUUCUGAAGGAUUCUUUCAUCGGCAAUGCCAAAACCUGCAUGAUCGCCAACAUCUCACCAAGCCAUGUGGCCACCGAACACACUCUGAAUACCUUGCGCUAUGCUGACCGGGUCAAAGAACUAAAGAAAGGCAUUAAAUGUUGCACUUCAGCUAGCAGUCGAAAUGGAACAUCUGGAAACUCUUCUCCAAAACGAGUUCAGAGCUCUCCUGUGGCCCUGCCAGGGGACAAGUGCUCUCCCAAAAAAGUCAGGCUGGGGCUUCAGCAGUCACUCACAGGGGCACCUGGCUCCAUGAAAGGGAAGGCCCAUCCUCUGGCCAGUCACCCAGCCAAUAUCCCUUUUGCUCCUGUACCUAAGGUUCCUGGUAAAAGAGGUGACUCUGGAGGCAGUCCUCCCCAAGAGUGGGUCAUUCAGACUAGCUCUAUCAAGGGAACCACGCGGUCUGGAUAUUUAGCCCCCAAAAAAGAAGAGUCAGCUUCAUUAUGCUCUGGGAAAAAUCAAAUCGGCACCAAAACUGCUGGGUGGGGAGGCAGGGCCUCUGGCCCAGAAGAACCAGCACGCAGUAAGCUGCCCUCCAAGUGCAAGAAAGUGCAGACUGUGCAGCCAGUGCAGAAGCAGCUUGUGUCACGAGUUCAGCUCUCCUUUGGCAACGUCCACCACUUAGCAGAGUACAGUCAGGGCGGCAAGGGGGGCACUCCUACCAGGACUGCAUCUGAAGCUUGGACAAGCAUCCCACCACAUCAGGAGGAGAGGGAGGAACAUUUGCGCUUUUAUCACCAGCAGUUCCAGCAGCCACCUCUCCUCCAACAGAAGUUAAAGUACCAGCCACUGGAGAGGUAUUUAUGCCAGUACCGGCCCCAAGAGGGGCAGCUCCAGAGUGACACCCCUCCUCCCUUCCAUUUGUGUUCUGAGAGCCAUGAUGGAGCCCAAGCUGAGGACUUUGAUGACAGUGAUUUCAGUGAAGAUUCUUUUUCACAUGUCCCCCAUCCGAGGACCACAAAGCAGAGAGACACCCUAAAGAAGAGCGAAGGCUCGUUCUUCCUUCAUCAGAGGGAGCAAGGUCCUGAGGAGCAGGUGACUGAAGGGCAGCAGAGUCUGUUUCUUAGCCCCAGGACAGACAGUGAUGAGAAGGUUCCACCUGGAAGUUGGAGGUACUCCAGGGACUCCACAAGCCAUGGGAGGACAGCGCUUGACCACAACUGCAGCCCAAGAACGGUGCCCUUGGACGGGGGCAGCAUGGAGGGCUCCACCUCCCCAGGGCCUUCUCCCAGGGAAGACCUGGCGGAGAAGCCUUACUGCUCACAGGCGGGCUCUGCAUCUAGCCAGAAAAGAGGGGGCGGCCCCACCUCUGACCUCAGACAGGAUGCCUUCAGAAGUGAGGUUCCUGGGCAGGGUAAGGGCAGCUCGCCAUCCCUGGAGGAAGAUGGUUUCGCUUUCUCACUGACCCACAUUGCAGUUCUGCGCUCUCCAGACCAGAGAGACACAGUCAGCACACCUCUAAGAGAAGGUAGUGAAGACAGCCCAACGCAGGCAAGCAGAGCUCUGAAAAACAGCAACCCUUUCCAAGGAGAAAACUCUCGAGGGGAAUUGGGCGAAUGCUCUGAAUAUGCUUCUGGACUGAUGGCUCCCCUCACUGUGUCCCUUCUGGAGAGCCCAGAUGAUGAGGGCUGUCCUCCUUUGGAGCAGCCGGCCCAAGAUGGGGCUGUGCACAGUCUGGUGGCACACAGCGACACGGGACCAGCUGUGGGCCACACAGUGUCAUCUGGUGAUCAAGAGGCAGUCCUGCCAGUAUCUUCCACAGCUGGGCACCUGUGGCUCUCGUCAUCUCCUCCUGACAAUAAGCCUGGGUGUGACCUUCCAGCUCUGUCCCCAUCACCGAUCCGUCAGCACCCACCUGACAAACUGUCCAGCGAGGAGGCUGACCCGGGGGAGGCCUGCCAGAGCAGAGAGGCUGCACUCUCCUCCCCCGAGCCGUAUGAUGCCGCAGAUGAGACAGAGCUAGGUGGCUCCCGGGGUUUCCCAGGAAAACCCUUCCCCACCAUACAUACCGGGGGACCCCACCCUGGGCCUACACUCACUCCACAAACAGGAAGCAGUGAUGUGGCUGACCAGCCCUGGGCCCAGGAGAGAAAGCAUCCGGCAAGGCUCAGUUGGCAGGAGCUGGGUUUGUCCACCGACACCAUCAAGCUGCACUGCUACGAGGAUAUCACAUGGCUCAGACGCAGGCCACUGCCAAGGUACUUAGCAAGGCCAUACUCUCCCCUGGCAUCCAGCUGCUCUUCCAGGACCCUCCGUCAGCCUGCCCUGGGGCACGCACAGCAGGUGGUCAUCCGGGCACACCAGGAACAGCUAGAUGAAAUGGCUGAGCUGGGCUUCAAGGAGGAGACCCUGAUGAGCCAACUGGCUCCUAAUGAUUUUGAAGAUUUUGUGACCCAGCUGGAUGAAAUCAUGGCUCUGAAAUCCAAGUGCAUCCAGAGUCUGAGGAGCCAGCUACACCUAUACCUGGCCUGCCACAGGCCAGCUGUGGCCCCAGCAAGGACGGCAGUGUCUUAGAGCAGCAUGGAGGCCAGGAUGGGGUGGCUGGACUCUCGGGCUAGAGGGGCCUCUGCCAGGCCCUCCUGCAGAUACUCCCUGGUCCUGCCCGUGCUUGCCUCUCUCAGGGCCAAGCCUCAGUUCCAAGCCCAAAAGCAUCUGUAAGGAAGGACUGAUCAGCCUGAAAAACUUGGUAUGCCCUUCCCUUUUCUUUGGGGCUGGAGGAGACUUUGUCCUACUGACCCCUUGUGCGUGGAAACAUACUUGGGUCUAAUAAUCCUGCAGUUGUUUCUGAAUUUGGGGAUCAGAGGAUGGGGGUGGUCAAUGGUAACCUACAGGCUGGAGGUCACAAGCUGGGGAAGAUAACUUGCUGAGCCCAGAGGCUUUAUCAGCUGAAUUCUGUGCCUUUCUUCAGGACUCGACCAAAAAAUAAAACAUUGGUACUAGUGAGCGGGGACAGGGUCAGCCCUGCCCCAUCAGCCCUUAGAAAUUGAUUUGGGGCUUUAGGUUAGCUUUUGAAAAUUGAGAAUGAAUAAACUUUAACUUGAUGUGUCUUUAACAGCAGCAGAGGUGGGAUAUGCUUUUAUGCUUUGUUCCCCCCACUUCCUGCAAUCCAGUAUUUAGACAGAAGAGGGUGCCCACGUCACUGCAUUAUUCUUGUCCCAUCGCUGCCUUUGCUGAGGCCAUCUGCCUGUUACAAGCCGUCAAGUCCCGGGCUCCUGAGUCCUCACCCACCACACCGCCUCAAUGAAUAGCUGAAGGAUAUCAGGCAAGUCCCUCUCCUAGUCUCACCUUCAUCCAGGAUUACCUUGGCCAUCUACUCCCCUUUUAAUGGCCUGUGUUCAAUAGCUUGGCAUUGAGUGCGCUGGUCAGUAGUCUGAGACUCUGAAGCAGAAUUUUUACACACAUACACGGGUAUACUGCUUGCUUUGUCUUUUCAGCAGAAGCUUAAGACAAAUACCAAGUGGCCUCCAGGUGGCCCAUCAUUUACUAAGGCUACCCUGGAUCAAACUGAGGUUCAUAUGUCAAAGCCUUGCCCUGAUGCCCAUUUUGAUGGGAAAAUUUAAUUUCCUACAGGGUAACUUACAGGUUUUGAAAGAAGGGUUUAAGUCACUUUAAAGGCCAGAAGAGGGACUGCUUCCUGAGAUAAUGGCCAUGCCUGAUCUGACCACCAGAGGGCAGUUUCUUUCCAGCUUGGUGCUUCCCAGCCCAAAGACUCUGCACCCCCGCCUCACAUGAUAGCUAAAAAAAUUAAGAGACCCACCAGGGCACCCAGAGGGGCUGUGGGAUAGCAUUAAGGAUAAGGACACGAAACUUUAAGGAUGAGUCUAGUUCCAUCAGAUACAACAGCACUGAGCACUAGAGAAAACAGUGAAUCCAGUCCUGCCUCUGGUACAGAAUACAUAAAUAUCUUGGCCCAGAAACCAAGCCGGGACAGGUUUAAAAAGACCCUUGUCUAGGCCUACCUCUGUGAACCAAAGAUCAGGGCACACUGGAGGGCCAGCUGCUGGGUCACACAGGCCUAGAGUUGGAAGAAAGUUCUGAAAUGACAGAAAAUGGUUAGGUCCUGUUCUAGCCUCAGCAAAUCUAAGCAGGAAAUCCCUUCAGCACCCACCCACCUCUACCCCUCUGUAAAACAGCCUUUGGCAAUGAAAAAAUUAUCACAGUAGGACAUACCUUUUAGAUUUUUAUUAGUAGUUCUCUCUGAAGAAUCAAAAUAGCAAAUUAUUUUAGAUUCAAGACUGUAUAUCCUUUGUAUUUAGAUCUUUAAUGAUGUACAACAUAAUACAAAACAGAGACUGAUUUCUAUGACUAGGUGUUAUUCAUUGUGUCAUCCUAGAGCAGGGGGCUGGAGGGAAAGGCUGUUCUCCAGGAGAACUGAGGUGGAGUUAGUGCUCAGUGACUAAACCAUGUCCUGUUUCUCUCCAACUUGAUGUGCUGGGAAGGGGCCAAUGAUUUCUUAAACUGACAACUGUUUCCUAGAGCAGGGGGCUCUAAAAUCCUGGGUAGCAGAGGACAGUAGUCCAAA